GGGGCUGGACAGAAGGGGUCAGGUUUCUUGAAGCAGCUAGAGGACCUCAGAGUGUGGUUCCCACCUUGACAGCCUCUUCCCGGAGGCAAUGUGCACCCAGGCACCGGAGGACAGAGCUCAGCCUACAGAUGAGGCCCAUAUAGAAAAAUGGAGGCAUCUGGAGCUUUACAGCUAUGGAUCUUUGAGGCUCAUCUCUAUGCCCAUUGGUCCAACAUCCUCAUAUCUAUCAAUCAAUCAACUCUUCUCUGGUCAGAGAUGAAAUGAGGCACUUCGCUGUCUGCACUCUUCCAGGACAAAAAGCUGCCAGUCACUGCUCCCUCCAUCUCUGCGAAGAGACCAUCUUCUAACAGAUCCAGCCCGGCGGACUCCCCAUCAUGCAAGGCUGGCUCAAUCUCCCCACACUCUGUCACUUCCUUCUCCCUUGGGCCUUCACCAUCUUCCACAAAGCCCUGGGGGACCCAGCAUCCCACGGGGGCCCCCACUACCUCCUGGCCCCCAUCCACGAGGUCAUUCACUCUCGUCGUGGCGCCACAACCACGCUGCCCUGCAUCCUGGGCACCCCGCCUCCCAGCUACAAGGUACGCUGGAGCAAAGUGGAACCAGGGGAGCUCCGGGAAACGCUGAUCCUUAUCACCAACGGACUGCACGCGCGGGGCUACGGGGCCCUGGGGGGUCGAGCCAGGAUGAGGAGGGGUCAUCAGCUAGACGCCUCCCUGGUCAUCGCGGGCGUGCGCCUGGAGGACGAGGGCCGGUAUCGCUGUGAGCUCAUCAACGGCAUCGAGGACGAGAGCGUGACGUUGACCCUGCGCUUAGAAGGUGUGGUGUUUCCGUACCAGCCCCGUCGAGGCCGGUACCAGUUCAAUUAUUACGAGGCGAAGCAGGCGUGCGAGGAGCAAGACGGACGCCUGGCUACCUACGCCCAGCUGUACCAGGCGUGGACCGAGGGGCUAGACUGGUGUAACGCGGGCUGGCUGCUCGAGGGCUCCGUGCGUUACCCUGUGCUGACAGCGCGCGCCCCGUGCGGCGGCCACGGUCGGCCGGGGAUCCGCAGCUACGGGCCGCGCGACCGGAAGCGCGACCGCUACGACGCCUUCUGUUUCACCUCCGCGCUGGCAGGCCAAGUGUUCUUCGUGCCCGGGAGGCUGACGCUGUCUGAAGCCCACGCGGCGUGCCGGCGGCGCGGGGCCAUGGUGGCCAAGGUCGGGCACCUCUAUGCCGCCUGGAAGUUCUCGGGUCUGGACCAAUGCGAUGGAGGAUGGCUGGCGGAUGGCAGCGUGCGCUUCCCCAUCACCGUGCCGCGGCCGCGCUGCGGGGGCCUGCCUGAUCCUGGAGUGCGUAGCUUCGGCUUCCCCCAGCCCCAGCAAGCCAACUACGGGACGUACUGCUACUCCGAGUAGGGCCCACAGCACAGCCUCCGGCGCGCGCGACAAAGCCUGGGAGUCGUGGCAGGGGUUCUCUUGCCGCCUCUCCCGAGAGCCUCCUCUCCCGCCAGAUGAGGAGCAGCCCCUCCUAACCCGCCUUCCUGGCGGAGGGCUACAGGCGGUAGAUCCGGGCUGGUCGGCUGUCGGGAGCGGAGGUAGUGGAGUCCUCGGUGGUGUGGUGCAGCUACGACCCUCGGACCUGCGGAUCAAGGCCCCGUGGCGUUUUGCGUGCCCCCGGCAGACGACUCAGCGACUGCUAGAGGGCGGGAGGGAUGCCCAGGGCACAUUAACUGACCUCUGUAUACAGCAAUAAAAUAACUGGAAGUUUUUGUGUUGGGCGAAGCUUUAAGCGCGGCGAGGCUUCCGGGAUAAGGGGAAUUAAUUCGGGCCCAGAGUGCUGACUGUGCCCGGAGGGGCUACUGCCGCUUAGGGGUGAGCCUGCAGGAGAGGGGAUGGCGAGGAGAUGGCACCAAAAGGCCUAAGGAGAGUUGGAGACACAAUGAGCUCUUGGCCGGGUAUAAAACGGGGAGAUCACAGGGUGUUGAGCCAGGCACCACUAGAGGGCGCCACAAAUGCACCUCAGAUUCAAAUCUACCAGAAGAGCUGCAAAACCUAGGCCUACCCCCUGGGCACCACAGAACAAAUAAAAGAGGGACCUAAAAAUAUUUCAAAAUGUGUUUGUAUCCUGCCAGUCUCCUAGAAUGGUUUGCAGAGUACUAUUAAAGAAAGGAAAGUUAUACCGUUGUUACAAUUAACGGGAAAUUCACCCUAUGGAAGGAGGAGGCAGCAAACACACCAGCAUGGUUCGGCAGGGUUGAUACUGGGGGUGAUUGCACAUUUGGAUCAGCGUUCACCAUCACCAUGGCCACCAAAGAAAAGAGGCAACUGGAUCAGGAGCGGUCUUAACAUCUGGCGAAAGGAAACAUACCAGUAACUCAACAUACGAACUCGAAUGUCAAUUCGUUUUUCAUAUAUAUUAUUUUUUACUGUUCAAGCAGUCUAACCGCGGCACAAAAGCCUGGUCUAGAGACUAGUAAUGACUGGAGCAAAGGAUAUGACCCUUCUAAUAAGGCUUGAUGCAUGUAAAAUUGUUUUCCAAGAGUGUUCUCACUAUUACUGUUAAAGAGAAUUCAUCUCAUAGGACUGUACAAUGUAAGAGACAGAGAAUGAUCAAAUGAAUAGCAUCUUCAAUAACCCUCAGAUAGCAAAUGAACUAUCUGUGCCAGUUCCUAAGCUUUGGUUUUAUGGAAUUGGGCAUUGGAUAAUAUCUGCCUCCAAGUUUGUGAUGAGCAGUAUUGAGACAAUGCAUGUACUGGGUAGUACAUGCCUGCUACAUAAGAGGCAUGCAGUAAGUGGUACCUAUAAUAAUCAGUGAUUGUUAUAACAAUAAUUAUUAUUAUUCAGGUUUUUAUUAGAUAGCUUGUAGGAUUGGUUGCCAUAGCUCUUCUGGAUUUUCUAAGUUCUGGCCUAUUAUGGAAUCAAGAGCCUAGAAAGCUAAAAUCCUUGGCCCAGCAGUUUAGCCUGCAGGCAGACAUGGGUUUUCUUCAGUUUGAUGCCUUCAGACUUUGUCCAGAGACUAAUGAGAAAUUGUCAUGGGAGGAGCUUCCCAUUUGCUUGCUGCAAAGCUUUGUCUCUUUACCCAUAAAAACACGUGACCAUCCCUUGCCAGUAUGGCUCAGUUGGUUGGAGCAUUGCCCCAUACACCAAAAGACUGGGGGUUUGAUUCCCGGUCAGGGUACACGCCUAGGUUGUGCAUUCGAUCCCUGGUCAAUUUCAGACACACAGAAAAACAGAAUUGUGUCACGAACCACUUCAUCGUUUAGCUUGACCAUUUUGAAUUUCUGCCCUUCUUAUUUCAUCUAUCCCUAUGCUCAUGUUUGUUUUGGCUGGAGUAUUUUAAAGCAAAUCCCAAACAGUCUAUCAUUGUACCUGUAAUACUCAGUAUGUAUUUCUAACAUGCAGAGAGUUUUUAAAAUAACCAUAAUUCCAUUAUCAAUCAU